AUGGCGGGAGAGAAUCUCACGUUCGUUUCUGAGUUUAUUCUCCUGGGAUUGACAAAUGAUGCGGAACUGAAGGUGAUGCUUUUCAUCCUGUUCCUGGCGAUCUAUGGCAUUACUGUGGUAGGGAAUCUGAGCAUGAUGGUGCUAAUCCAAAUCACCCCCAAACUCCACACACCCAUGUACUUUUUUCUCAGCUGUCUUUCAUGCGUGGAUGCCUGCUAUUCAUCAGUCAUUGCCCCCAAAAUGCUAGCCAACUUAAUGUCUGUGAGGGGCACCAUCUCCUUCUCUGCCUGCAUAGUACAGCAUCUGUUUUUUGGGAUAUUCAUUACCACCGAAGGCUUCCUGCUGUCUGUGAUGGCUUACGACCGUUACGUAGCAAUUGCGAACCCUCUGCUUUACACUGUGGCCAUGUCUAAGCCCAAGUGUGUUGUGCUGGUGGCUGGAUCAUGUCUCGGUGGAAUAAUCAACUCGUUGACACACACCAUCAGUUUAGGGAGAUUGUCCUUUUGUGGACCUAAUGUGGUGAGCCAUUUCUUUUGUGAUGUUCCUCCCUUGCUCAAGCUGGCUUGCUCUGACACUUCCAUGAAUGAGUUUCUGCUUUUAACCUUCUCUGGAGUCAUUGCCAUGGGCACUUUCUUGAUUGUGAUCAUUUCCUACAUAUUCAUUGCUGUUGCCAUUCUGAGAAUCCGCUCGGCUUCAGGCAGACAGAAAGCCUUCUCCACAUGUGCCUCUCACAUGUCAGCUGUGACCAUAUUUUAUGGUACUUUGACUUUUAGUUACAUCCAGCCAAGCUCCCAGUACUCGGUAGAACAAGAGAAAGUGGUCUCUGUGUUCUACACACUUGUGAUCCCCAUGUUAAACCCUAUGAUUUACAGUCUUAGAAACAAAGAGGUAAAGGAUGCUGCAAAAAGAGCCAUGGAAAUGAGACACUUCUCAUGCUGA